AGUGCUUUGACAACUGGUCAUACUGUACCACUGCCAAGUAAAUAAAGAAAUAUAAACAAAUUAAAGAAAUGUCCGUGGAUCUGAAUAAUGUCUCGCAGGACUAUGCCAAAAUCAUACAAAGCGCUGAUCUGGACAAGGAGAUAAGCCCGCUGUGCAACAAUAUAGACGAUAUGUUGGCAAGACUCGAUGAAUUCGAAACAUUGUUAUCUUCGGUGCGUGCGGAGUCCAAUGGGAUGAUGGCCAACAACGUGUGCAGCAUCCUGGGCUUCAGCGAAAGCUUCGACCAACUACGCACACGGAUCGAUGGCCUGGAGCAGUUUGUGUCCGCUGUGAGUACAAAUUUAAGCGAAGUUGAGAGAUCGGUGGACAUGGCGGAGGAGGAGCUCCAUGUGACGGAUUACAGCAUCAAGGGACUCCUCCUGAAACCCCUCAAGGCUAAGCUGACUGCCGCCGAUCCCCUGAACUCUGUCUCACAGCCUCGCUCCAAUCUGGUCGACGGCGAGUAUCAGCCUUUUGAGGUUUACAAAUCGGAAGAUUACUUUGGAACACCUCAAAGGGAGGAGGAACCGGCGGCGGAGGUGUUGGUUACACCCUCGUCUAGCUAACAUCGUAAAUAUUUAUUCAGUAAAUAGAAAAUAGAGUCGUUAAUUAAUAUGUUUAGUGCCUGGCACAGAGAGUAAACAAUCUGGAGAUCGUUAAAAAAGUCAGAUGAGCCUAAUAGAUUUUCAUAAAUAUUUGCUUAACAAUAAUAUUAACGAGGCUUUCUGGAACAAUUUCUAUAUUUUUUAUUGGAUUGUUGUAAAACGCAAGCUUAAAACUCUGAAAAUGCAAAAUUUGGCCUUAACAAAAGGGAACAAAUUAAGCCAUGUUUAAAAAGAUGAAGUUCCAUUAAGUUAUCAUAGAAGUAAUUAAAUAUUGAUUUUUGAAUAAACUUAAUAAGAAGCAAAAUUUAGAA